CGUGCCGCACGUCAACCUGGCGAUCCACUGAACGAGGGAGCAAGGCUUGCUGGUCCCUUUCAUAUUCGCUGUCAGCCGUCUCUUCCCUGUGUGCUCCACCGGAGUUCCCCUGCCUUGUUUAUUGCUUCUUGGGCCCCAUCUGUUGCGCAGGUGUCUGCGCACGACGUUGCUCUUUAGUCCGGCCUAUGGCCCUUCCUUGGACUAUCCGUACAAAGUCCCACUUUCUCUUGACGUUCUCCUGCGCGGGCACGCUUCUCUCAGUACGUAACUUUCGCCUCUCGUAUUCCCCCUUUUAGAAUGCGCUGAUUUAGGAUCCCAUAGUUCUUCAUCACUCCUUACCUUUCAAUUCUUUUUUUCGUCGCCGCAGUGAUCUUUUCAGCGGGCUCUGAACUGCAGGACGCCGGCCGCCCUUUCGCUAAUUGGAACUGCUGUGCGGUGAAACCGAACCACCAGAGUUAGCGGCGGUUUCUGUACAUAUUCGAUAUGGAGAAGUUUUACAAGGAAUACUCCAAGGAGCUGGGACGCUCGCCGUCGAAUGCGAGCAGUCUAUCCGGAAAAGAGCGAGCGCGAUGGCCACCUCUUAGCCGCAUGCUCAUGUCCGGUGAAGUGACGGAUGAGCCGUGGAGAGAGAUGACCUGGAGAGAGAAGUUCGAUGUCUGGAUGAUCAAUGAAGGCUAUCGAAGGUUCUUCGUCGCGGUCUUCAUCUUGUUGCACGGCAUGGUGUUUGCCUUCGGCUUUAUGAAUUAUUAUCUCAAGGACACUCUUACGGGCGCGCGAGCCAUUUUCGGUCUGACAUACUCUUUCGCUCGUUCGGCAGCUUUGGUGCUUCACGUAGACGUCGCCCUCAUUCUGCUGCCCGUCUGCAGAACUCUGAUAUCGCUCGCUCGCCAAACGCCUCUGAAUGGUGUCAUUCAGCUUGACAAGAAUAUCACCUUCCACAAGUUGAUUGCCUGGUCGAUUGUCUUCUUUACAUGGGUCCACACCAUUGCUCACUGGAACAACUAUGCUCAACUUGCUGCGAAGGAAAAGCUGGGCUUUGUGGGUUUCAUUCUCGCGAACUUGGUGACAGGCCCAGGUUGGUCGGGGUACAUCAUGCUCGUAGCACUCAUGGCCAUGGUGUUCACAUCCAUUGAGAAACCACGCCGAGCAAACUAUGAACGCUUCUGGUACACCCACCACAUGUUUAUUGUGUUCUUUAUCUUCUGGUCCGUCCACGGAGAAUUCUGCAUGAUCAAAAACGACAGCGAACCAUAUUGUUUCGGCGUGGGUGUCUUCUACCAGUACUGGCUCGUAGGAGGUUUCACGUACCUUGCUGAGCGUAUUGCUCGCGAAGUGCGUGGACGUCACAGGACCUACGUUUCCAAAGUUAUCCAGCACCCCAGCAACGUAUGCGAGAUUCAGAUCAAGAAGGACCACACGGUCACGAAGCCUGGUCAAUACAUCUUCUUCUGCUGCCCCGAAGUGUCAGUCUGGCAGUAUCACCCCUUCACUCUCACGAGUGCUCCAGAGGAAGAUUACAUAUCGAUCCACAUGCGCGUCGUCGGUGACUUCACUCGCAAAGUAUCCACGGUACUUGGUUGCGACUUCUCCAAGGGCGGCUCCAAGGACACCUCCGUCGUCAAAUCCGUGGAAGAGGAGGGCGUGGAUCCCAGCCUCCGACGAAUUCUUCCACGCGUCUACGUCGACGGUCCCUUCGGAUCUGCGUCUGAGGACGUGUUCAAAUUCGAGGUUGCCGUCCUGGUAGGUGCUGGUAUCGGUGUCACGCCUUUCGCCUCCAUCCUCAAGAGCAUCUGGUACCGGAUGAACUAUCCAAAGGGCAAGACUCGGCUCCGAAAGGUGUACUUUUUCUGGAUUUGCCGUGACUUCGGGUCGCUGGAGUGGUUCCGCUCUCUGCUACUCGCCAUCGAGGCACAGGACAUGGACCACGCCAUCGAGAUUCACACUUACCUAACGGCCAAGAUCCGCGCCGAAGACGCAACCAACAUCAUGAUCAACGACGCCAACGCCGAGCAGGAUGCCAUCACGGGUCUCAGAGCGCCCACCAACUUCGGCCGACCGAACUGGGACAUGAUCUUCAAGGCCAUCCGUAAGAUCCACAAGCCGGCCGAGGCUGGUGUCUUCUUCUGCGGUCCAAAGGGUCUUGGCAGCACCCUGCACAUCAAAUGCAACAUGUACUCCAACUCGGAAUUCCGAUUCGUAUGGGGCAAGGAGAACUUCUAGACAAACCAAUUCGGCGGAUAAGGGCUGCUGUUUCUUCAUUCUCUUCGUGGGCUUUUGCUUUGUUCAUACAUGGGGUUUGAGCUUGAGGUUGAUGAAGGCGGUAAGGGAGAUCGGAGAAGUGAGUGAAGGCGUGGCGGCCGGUUGAUUCGGCAGACGCCUGCCUUUUUUAUAUUGAGGGAAGCUGGGACGAAUAUACCAUCGACAUUGGCCAGCUAAUAAACCAAGAAAAGGCUGCUGCUUCCUUUGUAGACUGAGCAAAUUACAAAAAACACGUGCUGCGAAGGGUCGCUUUCGUCUCUGUAUUGCUUUCAUCACAUUCUCUUUUAACGCUUUCUCCUUGUCACUGCUAGCAUACAAGCUAUUUUCUACACAUCCAAAACUGGUUUCUCCCCAUCGACAUAUUUCUUUCACAGAAAAUGUCGUCAUCCAUUAGGCCUGUUGUCCACGAAAGACCGGGAAGCAAGAUUCUGGGUAUUC